AUGGCAGGCACCAACGACAGUGUCCUCAAAACCAAAUUUGGGGAAAUCCGGGUCUCCGAGAAUGUUGUUGAGGAUGACUUUGAAUCCAUCCCAAUCAUCGAUUUGACAGCGAUGAAGAGUCCCAAUCUUGAAGACCGGAAGAAGCUUGCCCAAGAGAUCAGCCGUGUUUGCUCAACCGUGGGCUUCUUCUACAUCAAGAACCAUGGAGUUGAUUCGGACCUGGUCCGUGAAAUCCAUGCGUUGGCAAAAGAAUAUUUUUCACUUCCUCUGGAGGACAAGAUGAAGUGUUUCCGAGGAGAUUCAAAUGUUUUCCGUGGCUACACACCGCUUUUCAAUGAGUUCUCUCAGGUUGACCAUUCUGUUGGCAGCCUUUGCGAAGGAUUUGAUAUUGGCUACGAGAUUGACGGGGACCCUGAGAGAUCGCCUGGUGAUAAGCUGCCCGACAUGGAGUCCGACAUGUAUGGGACAAAUACCUGGCCAGAUGCCCAAACGGCGCCCCGGUUCAGAUCCACGUACCUGAAGUAUUUCCGGGCGAUGCUCACGCUCAGUCGCAACCUUUUGAAGAUAUUCGCGUUGGCUCUUGACUUGCCAGAAGACUAUUUCGACAAUGUGACCACAUACCCCGGUUGCAUGUCGAGGCUGAUUCACUACCCGCCUCAGCCGUUGCCUGAUAGCACCCAUCCGGGCAUCGCUCCUCACACGGAUUUCGAGUGCUUCACCAUCCUCAGUCAAGAUGAUGUGCGCGCCUUGCAAGUUCUCAACAAACGACAGCAAUGGGUCACGGCAGAACCCAUUCCAGACCACUUUGUCGUCAACAUCGGUGACUUUUUGCAAUUCUGGACAAACAACAAGUUCCGUUCGACCAUGCAUCGGGCAACCAACCUCACCGGACGAGAUCGAUAUUCGGUGCCCUUCUUCUUUGGAGUCAACUACGACGCCACGAUCUCUGUUCUGGACACUUGCCUUUCCAAGGACACCCCCCGAGGCGACAAGCAACAAAAGAUCAUGGCUGGUGAUUAUGUUCGUCGCCAACUCGCAGCCGUCUAUGACAAACCACUCGAUGUGCCCGACUCUCAGCCGGAGGCUGUGGGUAUCCAGAUUCCGGUGUAG